GAGGACCCGCCCUGCGGGGACAGCCUCGACUGCCGCUACCCCAUGGGCAAGCGCUUCGCCAAGGGGGUCUGCCAGUGCAAGCUCAGCGCCCAGGUGUGCGGCAGCGACGGCCGGACCUACGACAACAUCUGCCAGCUGAAGGCGGUGAGCCGCAAGGCGCUGCAGCACGGCCUGCCCGCCGUCGCCCAGGUCCAGAAGGGAGCCUGUGAAUCGGGUCACCUACAGUCCAGCAGCCCACGAUACAAAUUCAACUUCAUAGCAGAUGUGGUGGAAAAGAUUGCACCUGCAGUUGUGCACAUUGAACUUUUCCUCAGGCACCCUCUCUUUGGUCGAAAUGUCCCACUUUCCAGUGGAUCUGGGUUUAUUAUGUCUGAUUCUGGUUUAAUUGUGACCAAUGCCCACGUGGUGUCAAGCACCAAUGCUAUAUCAGGGAGACAACAGUUGAAAGUGCAGCUACAGAAUGGAGAUACCUAUGAAGCAACCAUCAAAGACAUUGACAAGAAAUCUGACAUUGCAACAAUAAAGAUUCACCCUAAGAAAAAACUACCAGUAUUGUUACUGGGACACUCUGCUGAUCUGAGGCCAGGAGAAUUUGUGGUGGCGAUUGGAAGUCCAUUUGCCUUGCAGAACACGGUGACAACAGGUAUUGUCAGCACUGCUCAGCGAGAUGGCAAAGAACUUGGCCUGCGGGACUCAGAUAUGGAUUACAUUCAGACAGAUGCUAUUAUCAAUUAUGGCAACUCUGGAGGACCUCUAGUUAAUUUGGAUGGUGAAGUGAUUGGGAUUAACACCUUGAAGGUCACAGCUGGAAUUUCUUUUGCUAUUCCUUCAGACCGCAUCACUCAGUUUCUCACAGAGUCGCAUGACAAACAAAGUAAAGAUGGGAAGAAACGUUUCAUUGGCAUCAGAAUGCUGACAAUAACACCUGCCUUGGUGGAAGAACUGAAGCACAGUAAUGCUGAUUUUCCUGAUGUCAGAAGUGGAAUUUAUGUACAUGAAGUUGUUCCAAACUCACCUUCUCAUAGAGGAGGGAUCCAAGAUGGAGAUAUUAUUGUUAAAGUCAAUGGGCGUCCUUUGGUGACUUCCAGUGACCUGCAAGAGGCUGUGAUGAAUGAAUCACCUCUACUACUUGAAGUUCGAAGAGGAAAUGAUGACUUGCUAUUUAACAUUGAGCCUGAAGUUGUCAUGUAAAUAGAAUUGAGGAAGCUCUCACCAUAAUUAAACUCACUUAUUCUGGAACACUAGAUACCUCCUUUACAGCUACAGUAAUUAUACUUCCUGUUGACUAAUGACAAGGUGGACUAACUUAAUUGCCUGAGCCAUUUCUGUACAUAGUAGCUAGAAUGAAUUAAAUUAUGCCAUUUAUAGAAGAUUUAAUUUUCAAAGAAAUUUAAGAACUGUGUUGUUCUGGGGAGGGGGAGGAGGAAAACAAAUUUUGCGUAGCUGGUAGAAAUGGGGUCCACUUCCAGCUCCUGCAGGUUCAGAGCAGAUUCAGUUCUGUGUUUUGAAAGAUGAAAAUACUACUGGAAGUGAGGAAGCAUGCCGAAAAGGGAAAUUAUUCUUAAACUACAGUCAUGGCUGCAGCAGAACCAAGCUAUUGCAAUGCACAAUUGAGCUUUUUUUAUGUAACUUUUUCAAUGUGAAACUAGUAUUGGCAGAGCUUGUAUUUGUUCUUACUGCUUGUAUGCUACAUGUCAAUGCAGGUAGAUUAAAUCUGUAAAUAUCGAAAGAAACAAAAAUGGUAUCAGGCUAUAGAGUGUUACACCUAGGUCAUGCGAUUUUGGAAUAUAGUAAAUGAUUCUUAUAGAAUUAAUGCCUUAUUAUAUAUAAAUCAAAACGAUGUGCUGAACAAAGUUAAGUUUGAGAAAGUGCACAGUUUUUUAAGAAUUUGAUACAAAUAGUUUUGCAUUUUACUGGUAAGCUUUGCUGUAAAAUUGUUAUACUACUUUUGGCUUGUACUGUGUAUGUUUCUACUGUAAGGAGAUUAAAGUUUACACAAAUAAUGCGUUGGUGUAAACCUCUUUUUAA